AUGGCGCGAGCAAUGAUAUUGGACGAUAUGAAGACCGGAGUCAGAGAUCCCGCAAAGAGCCUCUUCCUACAUGAGUUCAGCUUGGAUGACGUGGAGAGGGCCUUUCAAAUAUCGCCAGAUCCAGAUGGUUUGUAUGACUGGGAUCAGUCUUCGCCGGACUCUCCUGAUUCUAGAUGUUUGCAUUGGAUCUUGUCGUUCUACAAGAUCUAUGCAUGGUCCUUGCAAGGAGAGACAUCACAGCGAACGCGAUUAGAUGCUAUCCUCCUUACCGUUCUUGCACAACUUGGCAUCUCAUCGGCCUCUACAUCCCGGAGCGAAAAUUCUAGCUUGACGAUGCGAUUCUAUCGUAGCCAUGGACGUCGAAUCGCGGCAUCAUUGGUUCAAGGGAUGGCAGGAAUAUGCGUCCGGCUGGAGCGCAGUCAAUUGAUGAACGGGCAGAGAAAGGUUCGUGGUGCAUAUGUGAACCAGAACGAGAAGCCAGACUCGCUGGGUCAAGAGAUUUGA